GAUCCAUCUCCUUUGCGCGCACAGCAUGCACGACCUGCUGAACAUGUCUCCAAUGGAGUGGUCCCCCAAAGCACCAGCAGAUCGUGAUCCUGGUUUACCCCUGGAUCGGCCACCGCGCCUGGAGCUUGGGCGCGAGGCCGCCGGCUGCAUCGCCGAUGCCAUGAUGCUGCAGGUCUCGAUCCAACUGGAACGGGCCCGGCCGCUCAUCAUAUAUGAAGUGCUGCAGACCUUGCGUCAGGCCAGGCCGCAGGCGCCCAAGGAGGAGGUCAUGCCCUUGCCUCGCUGGGCGCCCGCAGGCCCUGCUCGCAAGCAGCCGCUGCGGAGCAACAGCAGCCUCAGCGCCUGCUUCCCGGCCAUCCCCGAGGGGAUGAUUGCAAGCAUAAACCUGGACGAGAUGCCGUCCAGCAUAAGCAACUCCGAGCAGGCCGUCGGCAUGCUGACUGGGAACGAGCCCAUCUCCGGCGAGUUAAUGGACUCGCAGGACACGAAGCGCGGCCUGGACGUGUGCAAGAGCAGCAAGUGCAGCAGCGUCAGCAAGACCAGCCGGACUCGGCGAAACAAGAUGGCGAGAGCGGCGAUGUCCAUUCACGAGUUGUCGGACAUGGCCCUCGUAGGCAGGGACCAUCACUUGGACCAGGUCAUCCCUUCGGAUUGUGAUCACACCCCGCACGAGCCUCCGAUGCGGAUUUGGUCAUCGCGGCACUCGCGGCAGCUGGACAUGGCGGUCAAGACAAUCCGAAAGGAAGCAGUGAUCCUGCCCCGCACCGUCUCAGGCGCCUGGAGGCGACAAGCGCGGGUUCUUGCAGAACAACUCCAGGAAGACAUGGCCGAGGAGGUGGCCAUGGCGAAGACCAACUUCUCCUUCCGCGGCGGCCUCUGGUGGCUGCGGCACCUGGUGGGCCUCCGGGGCUUCCAUUCCAAGUCGAAAUUUAUCAGCAUGGUGGUGGUCCUGCUUGCCUCAGUGGUCAAAGUCGUAGAAGCGCAUGCCAGACUUGAAGGGAAUGGCUACGAACCGUGGAUGAGCUAUGUCUUGAACUUCGGGAUGCUCGCGAGUGCGGUGGGCGGGCUGGCGGUGCACCACUUGAGCUCCAAGAUCUCCGAUUCGAGUCUCCCCCCAGGUGAACAGGACGGCCUUUUGCGAGCUCAUUCGGUGGGCCUGGGCUACGUGAAGCCCUGGCUGAUGAUCUCCAAGCGGAACGGCGGGCUGCUGGGCGCCACCUGGCUGUGCUCGAUUGCCUCCAUCAUCGCCACCCGCAUCUACAAGACCCAGAACAUCCGGAACGACCCGGGCGAGCGCGCCUACGUGGUCACUUCAGGUGUUUUGGGCUUCAUCAUCACCUCCGGUAUCAUCUGCGGCCUGUGUAUGCGGGUGGUGCACAUUUGCUCGGCCAUGAAGACCAGCGUGAUCCGCUACAUGCAGGACUUGGCCUCGGAAGACCUGGAAUUCGAAGGAAUGGCCGCCAACUGGAAUACCAUCCAGAUCUUUAUCCGCACUCUCUGCGACGGAUGCUCCUACACGCUGACAGCGGUGAGCUUGGUGAUUCCCGUACUCGGCGCAGGUGCCGCCUUCCAGAUCCACUAUGUAGACAGCUCCUGGCUGGACGUUCUCUUCAGCGUGCUGCCCUUUGCGACUGUGUCUGCUAUGCCCAUGCUGUGCCUUUACAUUGCAGCAGACCUCACUCAGCAGUGCGAACAGGCGCCCCAGGUGGCGAACUCCAUGCUGGUCAGCGAAUGGGACACCCCAAUGGCGCAGGACCUGCUGGCCUUCAUGUCGAGAUGCCAAAUCGGAUUUUACGUGAAUGAUAUGCGAGUCUCCCCGGCGGCCGUCAUGAAGUUUACAUACGUGCUUGUCGCCAUCUUCUUCACGAUCAUCUCAUGGAAGGCCGAAAGCAUGCUUUGAUUUGCCCGCGCCGAUGGGGGUCUCAGAAACAGCCCUGUUUUGCCUG